CGACAUGUCAGCGUUCUUGUACACCAUGCUCAUUGGUUGUUGAAGUGCACAUAUCUUUCGGCUUGUGAUUCUCUUGACCCUGUGCGCACGUGGGGAAACCGAACAUGUCAAAUUAAUUGGAACUUCGAAGUGCUCUUCUUGCAGGUGUACGGACGGGAAACAUUUUGUUUUCCUGCGUAUGUAUGCUACACCGUUUGAAACCCGAACGAUAGGAUAUUGUGGUUGUUAAUCUGGUUGUCAGCGAUUCUGGGAUCGCGAGUAUGAGCUAUCAAAUGCCUCAGUCAGGCAGUCGUGGUCAUGGAUCAUACGGCGGUCAAGAUAUGAAUACAAAAGAACAAACCAUGAUGUGGCAGCAGGCGAAUUACAUGAGUGGACAGGACUCCGGAGUUCAUUCUGGGGCUACCACAACAGCGCCGUCAUUAUCGGGAAAAGACCAGGACCAAGACAUGGACACAACUCUCUUUGAUCUUGACGCUGGAUAUGUUCAGGGCUACACGCAUGAUCAAGUUAAUGACAUGAACGCACAGUUGAGUCAAACCAGGUCGCAAAGGGUUCGAGCAGCUAUGUUUCCUGAGACGCUCGAAGAAGGAAUGGAAAUUCCUUCUGCCCAGUUUGAUCCAGCGCAGCCGACGGCGAUCCAGCGUCUUUCCGAGCCCUCGCAAAUGCUCAAACAUGCUGUAGUCAACCUCAUCAAUUACCAAGACGACGCCGAAUUGGCAUCUCGUGCGAUUCCGGAACUCAUCAAGCUGCUCAAUGACGAAGAUCAAGUCGUGGUUGCGCAAGCCGCGAUGGUCGUGCACCAGCUCUCCAAGAAAGAUGCGUCGCUUCGAGCCAUUAUGAACUCGCAACAAAUGGUCACUGCUCUGAUACGCGCACUGUCGUGUUCCAACGACCUGGAAACGACCCGUGUGACGGUCGGAACUCUGCACAACUUGUCUCAACACUCGCAGGGCUUGUUGGCCAUCUUCAAGAGUGACGGAAUCCGUGCUUUGGUGAAGCUGCUCAGCUCGCCCGUCGAAAGUGUUCUUUUUUACGCUAUCACCACUUUACACAACCUGCUUUUGCACCAGGAAGGCUCGAAAAUGGCGGUUCGCCUAGCCGGUGGUUUGCAGAAGAUGGUUGCCUUGCUGCAGCGGAAUAACCAUAAAUUCCUUGCGAUUGUCACCGACUGCUUGCAAAUUCUCGCUUACGGCAACCAGGAAAGCAAGUUGAUCAUCUUGGCCUCUCAGGGACCAGUUGAGUUGGUGCGAAUCAUGAGGACAUACACGUAUGAAAAGCUGCUGUGGACCACGUCGCGGGUGCUGAAGGUGUUGUCGGUGUGCUCCAGCAACAAACCCGCUAUUGUGGAAGCAAAUGGCAUGCAAGCUUUGGCAAUGCACUUGGGAUCUCCAUCCCAAAGACUUGUCCAAAAUUGCUUGUGGACCCUUCGAAACUUAUCCGACGCUGGCACCAAAAUUGACGGACUCGAGGACUUGCUGCAAGGGCUGGUUGUUUUGCUCGGUUCGAACGAUGUCAAUAUCGUCACGUGCGCUGCCGGAAUUUUGUCUAACCUGACGUGCAAUAAUCAGCGGAACAAAGUCGCCGUUUGUCAAGUGGGUGGUGUUGAGGCUUUGGUGCAAACUAUCAGUAACGCUGGAGAACGAGAGGAGAUCAGUGAACCAGCCGUAUGUGCAUUGCGGCACUUGACGUCACGCCACCCGGAAGCAGAGAUGGCGCAAAAUACAGUUCGUUUGGCAAUGGGGAUCCACGUGAUUAGCAAACUGCUGCACCCUCCAUCACGUUGGCCUUUGAUCAAGGCCCUCAUUGGCCUUAUACGCAACCUGGCCCUCUGUCCAGCCAACCAUGGCCCAUUGCGCGAACAUGAAGCCAUUCCGCGCCUCGUCCGCUUGCUGGUGGAGGCCUAUCAAGAAGUCGCGAGGAGGGCUGGAGGCGGAGCAGGGAACCAACCACCGCAGUCUGUUUACAUGGACGGCGUGCGAAUGGAGGAGAUUAUAGAGGGGACCGUGGGGGCGUUGCAUAUCCUGGCCAGGGAUCCGCACAAUCGAGCGAUCAUCCGUGGCCACUCUGUCAUACCCAUCUUUGUUGGAUUGCUGUUCAACGAGAUUGAAAACAUUCAGCGGGUGGCUGCUGGGGUCUUGUGCGAACUGUCAAUGGAGAAGGAAGGAGCGGAGAUGAUUGAAGCUGAAGGAGCUACUGCGCCAUUGACAGAGCUGCUUAAUUCUCAUAAUGAAGGCGUUGCAACAUAUGCGGCAGCCAUAUUGUUCCGAAUGUCGGAAGACAAACCGCAGGAUUACAAGAAGCGGCUGAGCCAGGAACUCACCAACUCGAUCCUGUUCAGGGAUGAUCCAUCUGGCGGAGGAUAUUGGGGAGGUUCUGAGUUGAAUGGAGGCUUGAUGACACAAGGGGAUAUGAAUGACAUGAUUCGUGCGGUUGACCAGCAUUUUGAGCAAAGUUAUGAUACAUACGGCUCUGGCCCACCGUCUGUGCAUUCUGGUCAUGCUGGCCCUACGCCUUAUAGUCAAGGAAUGGAUCCCAUGGAUGCUAUGCAGGAUCCGUAUGGGCCUGCCGGUAUGGAUGCAAUGGAUUUCCCUCACCAUGGAGAUAUGGUGGGACCACCAGGACGUCAUCUUGGGCACCACAUGGGACCAGGAGUGCCGCCACCACCCCAAGACAACACCCAGGCUGCUGCUUGGUAUGACACUGACCUGUAAUGCUGUAUAAUUUAAGACUCAUUCGACGACUUCCAGAAUAUUGAUGUUGCUGUUUUUUUUUUCGAUUUUGAAAAUUUCGAUGUGGAUCGGAAAGUUAUUUAUGAACGCUUAAGACAGUUUUUUUUUGGCGAUUCGAGAAACUUUUUGUUUUGACAAGUUCGCGAGUGUUCCCUGUCGAGUGAUGAAUGCGACGCUAGAUCUUCUGAACUUCCUGUGUAUCAGCUCGAAAUCGAAGUUUCGUUCGAUUGUUUUGGGUGGUCAUCCGAAAAUCUGCUCUUUCUGCCUGACCGUUCAAGUUUGUGGAAUGGAAAAAUAACGGAAGCAGCUGGGAAACUGAACGCAUGCUGAUUAGGAUAAAAAAUGACAAGAGGAAGAAUUUGUGCCAAUGUUCGGACAGAGACUAGAAACUUCUUUGUUUCGCUUGCAUAUUUGCACGCUCCCCGUUUUCCUGGAGUAGACUUUUUUGCGAGGAAAAAUUGAGUUUCGGGAAAAUGUUCAUUUGAGUGUUAUGUCUGUGUGAAGAAGAAAAGAUUGCAAGUCUUUCUGCGCAGAAAAAAAAAAAAAAAAAAACGAGCAAGUUCGUGCUGGGAAAUUGUAGCGGAGUUCUUUUCGCUGAUUGUGUUUCUUUUUUUCGAAAUUUAUUGUUGGAUACGCGCAAGGAAAUACGGUAUGUAAUAGAAAACGUGUUUUCAGUCCGUCUA